AUGGGCUUAUUGUUUGGAGGGGGGCUUGCGCUUUGGCUCGCGUGGGUUUUAGGCACAGGACUGGGUUUCUAUUUUGGUAAUGUCAUUCAUCAUCCUGCAUUGCUGGGAUUAGAUAUGGUCAUGGCUUGUUUUCUACUGGCGAUGGUUGUCGGUGGACAAAAAAACCUCAGAAUACUCAUCAUCUGGACAAUCGCAGCCUGUAGCUCAUUAUUGGCUUAUUGGUACUUACCAGAAAAUAGUCAUGUCGUUGUGGGUGCUUUAUUUGGCGGAAUUGUUGACUGUAUGUCUGAGCUCCAAUCUUUAACGCCUCGUAUUUCGGUCGCUCCGAUGAUGGAUUGGACAACUCAAAUGGUCACCACAGGUGCCAUCAUCUAUGGUGGAGCAAAUCGUCAUUUGGACUAUAACCAUGAAGAACAUCCGAUUGUUCUACAGCUCGGUGGUUCAAAUCCGAAAGAUCUUGCAACUUGUAGCAAAAUGGCUCAAGACUGGGGUUAUGACGAAAUCAAUUUAAAUGUGGGCUGUCCAAGUGACCGCGUACAAAACAAUAAGAUUGGUGCCUGCUUAAUGGCAGAGCCUGAUUUGGUUGCAGAAUGUAUUGCUGAAAUGCGUAAUGCAGUUGAUAUUCCAGUCACAGUAAAACACCGCAUCGGUAUAGAUGACAUGCAAUCUUAUGAAGAGAUGCUACAUUUUGUCGAUACAGUUGCGAAAACUGGAUGUGAUAAUUUUAUCGUACAUGCCCGUAUUGCUCUGCUUCAAGGCUUAUCACCAAAAGAAAACCGCGAUGUUCCGCCACUACGCUACGAAGAUGUGUAUCGUUUAAAACAAGAGCGUCCUGAGUUGCUGAUCGAGAUCAAUGGUGGGGUUAAAACUUUCGCUGAAACGCAAACACAUUUAAAGCAUGUUGAUGGGGUCAUGAUUGGUCGUGAGGCUUAUCACAACCCUUACCUCUUGGCAGAAUUAGGUCAACUCUGGAACUUAGACUUACCUGAUCGCUUUGAUAUUAUCGAUCAAAUGCUGCCUUAUAUUGCCAAACGUAUGCAAGAAGGCGCACCUCUAUCGAUUAUUACACGCCAUAUUUUAGGCUUAUUCCAAAAUCUUCCCGGUGCGCGUAAAUGGCGUCAGGCUUUAAGUGGCGGUAAUGCCAAAACAUUUGCAGAUGUUGAAAAUGCCAUUAUCAAUAUUAAAGAAGCAAUGAAGCGUACAGAGGAUUAUAUUCGAGAACAGUCUGUCUGA